AUUUUUAGCGCUGAUGAUGUGCCCUGUCAAAUCACGUAACGGAAACAACCUCAGAGCUGGAAAAGCAGAGCUACCGCGGAGAGAAAGCUUUGGAUCGUUUAGUCUUUGUGAUCUGCAGAGAAAACGCCGCGGAUGAGAUGAAAUUUCAAAAUAAUUUGGUGUUUUGCGUCUUGAUAAUCCUUACCGGCCCAUCUCAGACAAGAGGUCAGAGCAGUGUCGCCGUGUCUCUUGAAACCUCAACAUCUCCUGGCUCGACAGAGAAUCCUGAUCAUGAGGUCCCACUGUCGACACACAGCCCUACAGGCCAGGAGGAAACCUCAGCUGCAACCACCAUUACAGGGGCAGCAGUUCAUCCAGAGACUGUGCAAAGUGCAGCCUUUCAAACGUCUACCACAAGCUCUCCAAUGGGUUCAUCUCAGCACAGUGAUGUACCUUUCCUCAUAAGUACUCAGGCUCUGACUACUCCAUCUUCAUCAUCAGAUUUGAGACACCCUGUGCCAGAUGCAACAAAGCAGCCACAGAACAUAACCAAGCCACCUCCAUGUUUCACAGUAGCUCCUGUAAACAGCCUUUCAUCCACACCGACCGUGGAGAGCUCCACCCCUCCACAGCACAUCUCCACCACUGAAAGCAGGACCCUGCUGACCACAGAGCCCCACACCACCUUUUCAUCUCUGCCAGCCCACACAGUGCAGGGUAGCAGCUCCACAGCCCAUGCCUCCACCAUCCAGCAGCAAUCUGAGUCCCUGACCACAGCCUCCACACAGCAACCAACCACAGGGCUCCCUCUGACCUCUGCCACGGGCCAGGGUGCUGCAGGGCCAACGCACAAGGAGGUCCCAUCUGAACUAAAUGUUGGAGGUGAAGACCACAAGAGGCCCCACUCAACUUCCCCUCUGGACCCCCUGCUGGCUGGCCUACUGUCAGUGUUCAUUGUCACCACGGCUAUCGUCUUUGUCAUCCUCUUCCUCAAGUUUCGCCAAAGAACAAACCACCCAGAGUUCCACCGGCUGCAGGAUCUACCUAUGGAUGAUUUGAUGGAAGAUACGCCACUCUCCAGAUACAGCUACUGAUUGAAUUAUCCAGCUAAUCACUUCCACCACUCAGAGAGCAGAAGACACAAGAGAGCAGACACCAAAGGAGCCAGUGUUGGUCCCAGGAAAGCUUUUUCCUGAAUAUCAGACAAAAACACACACACUUUAGGUCAGGGGUAGAACUACCUUUCAGGUUUACACCAGAAACAAUCAGAACAUUAUUUAAGAGAGGAUUCAGUUGUACUUUUUCCACAUUCCCUUUAAAUUUCUGCAGAGAUUCAGUUUGGUGGAGACAUGUUGUUUCUUCCUUUCCUGAGGCGAGUAAUCUGCACCCCUGACUGACUCCUCAUGUAUGCACAGCACUUUAAUGUGGCAUGAAUGGUCACAGUGCCCCCUGGGGGACUUCUGAGGUAAUAUGGGUCAAGGUAGCAGGAAGUCCUCCGAUAUAUUUAAUACAAAAUCUCAGGUCAUCAAGAGAAAUACAAGCGGGUAUCAAAGACAAGAUGAGGGUAUGAAGUGCUUCAAGAAGGGAAAGCUGCCAAAAUGCCUAAAAUGAUUAUUGAUUAUUAAUGAUCCCUUUGGUGACCAAAUAGUAGUGAAGUGCACUUUUACCUGGUUGCUCAUGCUGUCUUAACAAUGAGGCCUUGUUGCAGAAAAUCAACAAAAGUAUCAGCAGAAGUGAGAAAGGUUUUGCUUCACAAGCCAUAUCUUUGAAAAAAUGGAUUCUCUGACAGUUAGCCGUUUAAAUAUAUUACCCAAAUUACAUGUGGAAAGUGUUGAUUUUUGCAGCCUUUAAUGCGUAGUUACACGUUUUUGAAUUACAUUCAUCGGCUUCUUGAUGCUGU